AUGGCUUCCACACCUACUUCUCAGCAUUCUGAAAAAACAGUGGCCUCUCAUGUGCCUUUUGCAGAUCUGUGUUGUACUCUGGAGCGAAUACAGAAAUGUAAAUCUCGUCCAGAGAAAAUUAAGUGUUUCAAGGAUUUUCUGGAUUCCUGGAGAGAGUUCCAUAAAGCUCUUCAUGACAAAGAGAAAGACGUGACAGAUUCCUUUUAUCCUGCUAUGCGACUUAUUCUUCCACAACUGGAAAGAGAAAGGAUGGCAUAUGGGAUUAAAGAAACUAUGCUUGCAAAGCUAUAUAUUGAACUGCUCAAUUUACCGAAGGAUGGAAAAGAUGCUGCGAAGCUUUUGAAUUACAGAACACCUGCUGGCUCACGUGGAGAUGCUGGAGAUUUCGCAAUGAUCGCAUACUUUGUGUUAAAACCUAGAAGUCCAAAACAAGGCAGACUGACAAUAGAACAAGUCAAUGAACACUUAGAUGCAAUAGCUAAUAAUAACACUGCUAAAAACAAAGAUCUAUUAAAAAAAAGUCUUCGCAAGUUAAUUACCCAGAGCACAGCACUGGAACAAAAAUGGCUCAUCCGGAUGAUCAUAAAGGAUCUAAAGCUUGGUGUUAGUCAGCAAACUAUAUUUUCCAUUUUUCAUCCUGAUGCUGUUGAAUUGCACAACGUCACAACUGAUUUGGAAAAGGUUUGCAGACAGCUGCAUGAUCCCUCUGUCUCACUUAGUGAUGUUUCUAUCAUGUUGUUUUCAGCCUUUAAACCAAUGCUUGCUGCUAUUGCUGAUGUCCAGCAAAUUGAGAAACAGAUGAAUAACCAGGUAUUCUACAUAGAAACUAAGCUGGAUGGUGAACGUAUGCAGAUGCACAAAGAUGGAGACGUGUAUAAAUAUUUCUCCCGAAAUGGGUUUGACUAUACUCAGCAGUUUGGGGCUUCCCCCCUUGAUGGUUCAUUAACACCAUUUAUUCAUAAUGUAUUUAAAAGCAAUAUACAAAAUUGCAUUCUUGAUGGUGAAAUGAUGGCGUACAAUCCUGAGACGCAAACCUUUAUGCAUAAAGGAAACAAAUUUGACAUAAAAAGAAUGGUGGAGGACUCUGAUCUGCAGACCUGCUUCUGUGUAUUUGAUGUAUUGAUGGUUAAUGAUCAGAAGUUGGGGCACGAAGUACUAAGCAAAAGAUAUGAAAUCUUAACUAGUGUAUUUACCCCGGUAACAGGCAGAAUACAUAUUGUACAGAAAAGAAGUGCCAGAACAAGAAAAAAUGUAAUUGAUGCUUUAAAUGAAGCAAUAGAUAAUAGGGAGGAAGGCAUUAUGGUGAAAGAUCCCAUGUCCACCUACAAGCCUGACAAACGUGGGGAAGGCUGGUUAAAAAUCAAGCCAGAAUACGUCAGUGGGCUUAUGGAUGAGCUAGACCUUUUAAUUGUUGGUGGUUACUGGGGGAAGGGCUCACGUGGUGGAAUGAUGUCUCAUUUUCUGUGCGCUAUUGCAGAGACUCCCCCUCCAAAUGAAAAACCUACUAUUUUCCACUCUGUUUGUCGUGUUGGCUCUGGCUAUACUAUGAAGGAGUUGUAUGACCUGGGUUUGAAACUGGCUAAACACUGGAAACCUUAUCAUAGGAAGGACCCUCCCUGUAACAUUUUGUGUGGAACCGAGAAACCUGAAAUGUACAUUGAACCUUGCAACUCUGUCAUAGUUCAGGUCAAGGCAGCCGAGAUUGUUAACAGUGACAUGUACAAAACUGACUGCACUUUGAGAUUCCCCCGAAUUGAGAAGAUAAGAGAGGACAAAGAAUGGUACGAGUGCAUGACUUUAGACAUGUUACAAGAUCUCAGAAGCAAAGCAGAAGGAAAGCUGGCAUCUAAGCAUCUUCAUAUAGAUGAGUAUGAUGAGCCACAAGAGAAAAAAAGGAAAACUGUAUCAAAGGUGAAGAAGAUAAUUGGAAUAGCUGAACAAUUUAAAGCUCCUGAUCUUUCUAGUGUAAACAAGGUUUCAAACGUAUUUGAAGAUGUUGAAUUUUGUGUUAUGACUGGAACAGUAAAAUACUCAAAAUCUGAACUGGAAAGCAGAAUAGCUGAAUUUGGUGGCAGUGUGGUACAGAACCCAGGGCCUGAGACUUACUGUGUCAUCGCAGGAGCAGAGAAUGUCAGAGUGAAGAACAUCGUUGCUUCCAACAAAUACGAUGUGGUGAGGGCAGAGUGGCUUCUUCAGUGUUUUCAGUCCAAAAUGCUGGUGCCUUGGCAGCCAGCCUUUAUGAUUCACAUGUCUCCAGACACAAAAGAACAUUUUGCUCGUGAAUAUGAUUGUUACGGAGACAGCUACACAGCAGACACAGAUGUUGGGCAACUCAAGGAAGUGUUCUCGAGAAUGAAAGACAAUAAGGUGAUGCCUUUGGACGUGAUUGCAGAGUUAGAAGAACGCUAUUCAUGGAACAGCUGUCAGCUCAGUAUAUUCAGAGGAAACACUAUUUAUGUGGACUAUUAUGCUGUUGUUAAUGAGCCCAGAACCAAAAUCCAUGGAACAACACUAUCAAUUAGAGCUUUGGAGCUCCGUUUUUAUGGUGCAAAAGUAGUCUCUUGCCUUGAAGAGGGUGUCUCCCAUGUUGUUAUAGGAGAAGAUUGUUCCCGAGUAGAAGACAUGAAAGCACUCAGGAGAAAGUUUAGGAAGAAAUUUAAAAUUGUAUCUGAACUGUGGGUAACACAGUCAGUGGAGGAAGGAGCCCCAAAGAAUGAAAAUCAAUAUUUAAUGUAA